GUGAGGUUGUUCUGUUCUCAUUUUUCAAGAUGUUAUUUUAUUUUGUCAUUUAAACACCUUACUGCUGCAAUUAAAACCUGCUUUUUGAUUUCUUGCAUCAACUCAACGUGACAGUGAACGUAGCAGGAUGGGGCUCAGUCAGCCAGUCGGCAGUAUAUUUGAACUUGUAUGCCUCAAACGCUCUGGAUCUGAGACCCUCCACCUGCACACAUACACCGUCUCAAAGCAACCCGUGGUGGAAGCUGGAUCUGCUGAAGGUGUACAGUGUGAACAGAGUGGUCAUCACUAACAGACCAGACUGCUGCAACGAGAGGAUAAACGAGGCAGAGAUUCGGAUCGGAAACGUCUCUUCAGAUGUUUUCAGCAACCCCAUGUAAUUUGGCAGCAGGAAGAAGCGUCACACAGUCAUCAACAUUUAACAGCUGGAUCGCUGAACAGGCCAUUGAUUUCAGUCCAGGUUUCACACAACCGGGGUCUGCGUGCUCAUCAACCAAUAGUCAGACUAACCCGUGGUGGAGGCUGGAUCUGCAUCAUAUUUACCGAGUUAAUAGAGUGGUCAUCACAAACAGACUAGACUGCUGUCCGGAACGAAUAAAUGGAGCGGAGAUUCGCAUUGGAAACUCUUUGGAGAACAACGGCAACAACAAUACCAUAUGUACUGUGAUUUCUAGUAUUCCAGCUGGUGUUUCGUCCACCUACGUUUGUAACGAUAUGGAGGGUCGAUAUGUGAAUCUGAUCAUUCCUGGAGAUUCAAGGUUUCUCACUCUGUGUGAGGUGGAGGUCUAUGGAGAAGGUCCUUGUUUAAAGCAAAUGUUUGUGAAGAUGAAACUGAAUUCCAGCUCGAGUCUGUCUGAAGCCACAGCGAGAGCCCGGCUCCUGACACAGCUGGAAUCUGCUCUGGCGGGAAGAGGGAUAUCUAACGUGACGCUGCGCUGGUCUCAACUGCCCAAACAGGAAGUGAUGCGGAAGGAAGCUGCACCUGCUCAAUGUGCUCACAGAAAGAAGUGAUGGCGGGGAAAACUUUUGGUUCAGUUCUUCAGUUACAUUACUUCAAAUAUUCUCUGUUCCUCAGUGCUGAUCACAAUAAAGGAUGUGAAAACUGAAGCUACGGUUUCCUGAAAAUGCUCAAACUGAAGCUGCUUUGAAGUAAUUUGUAUUUUAUAAAGUGCAAUUAUUAAACUUGAUUUGACAAUUUUGAUUUGACAAGUUUUUAAUUUUAAUUUCAGUUUUAGUUCUAUAUCUAUCUAUCUAUCUAUCUAUCUAUCGAAUCUAGUUCUAUAUCUAGUCUAUUUAUCUCAGCCUAUUAUGAAUUGUCAGG